AUGAAGCAGGAACUCUUGACAAUAUAUAAGGCAGAAACCAAGUGGGCCGGGCAGGCACCAGAAAGUCACGCCAACUUCCUCCAUCCGACUGCUGCUGGCCGCCUGAGCAGCAUGAGAGCAGCCGCCUUCACCCUCCUCGUGGCUCUGGCACUCACAGCCCUCUUCGACGCAGAAUGUGUCAAACACCGCCAACAGGUUGAUUGCAGUAAGUAUAAAAAGUCGCCACCAGAAGAGAGAGUCUGUUAUGCUCUCUAUAAACCAAUUUGUGGAUCUGAUGGCAAAACUUACAGCAAUGAGUGCUACUUUUGUUACGAAGUUGAGAAAACUAAGAACAAGCUUAAAUUUGCACACUUUGGAGAAUGUUGAGUCCAUCUUGUGAUUACAACCAACAUUUUACCUAAUCUUGACAUCCGUAUGUCUUGAUUUCUUUGUAGAAUAAAGAA